GAAACACACCCAGGCAUAGUGAGAAUGAAGGCCCUGGCCAGGAGCUACGUAUGGUGGCCGGGGAUGGACGGGGAGAUAGAGAACUGGGUCCGGAGAUGCAGCACAUGCCAGGAGUCGCGGCCGGACCCACCCAGCGCCCCGGCUACACGGUGGGAGACCACAAGGAAACCGUGGUCCCGGCUCCACAUUGAUUUUGCCGGGCCGUUCCAGGGACAGAUCUUCCUAAUCAUUGUGGAUGCAUACACAAAAUGGUUAGAGGUCGUUCCCGUAGGGUCUACCUCGUCAGCAGCAGCCAUUAGAGCAUUACGCAGGGUCCUGUGCACCCACGGUAUUCCGGACACCAUAGUCUCGGACAACGGGGCAGCGUUCACCUCGGGGGACUUCCAGGCGUUCCUCCAGAGGUACCUCAUUAGACACAUCCGGUCAGCCCCCUUCCACCCGGCCACCAACGGCCAGGCCGAGCGGAUGGUCCGAACAACAAAAGAGGCCCUGGGAAGCAUAGUGCAAGGCGAUUGGGACCACCGGCUAGCCGCGUUCCUCUUCGACAACCGGGUCGUCCCAAACCCAGUCACCGGGGUCAGCCCAGCCGAGCUCCUCAUGGGGCGCAAGCUCACCACAAGGCUAGAUCGGCUAAACCCCGACAGAGCCCCCGACAUGCGAGGGUCACCGGAGGCCACCGCUGCCUUGAUCUCGGACGGCUCCAACAAGGAAGGAGCACAUCAGCUUCGCCGCCAGCUGCACAGCGGGCUGAAAGCACCAAACCGACCACGGGCAGCGGAGAAGCCGGGCACCAAGUGCGCCAGCUGUGAGGACCCACACAAGCGCCAAGACAGCCCCUACCAUAACGCAGACUGCAGAAGCUGCAAAAAAGUGGGCCACGUCGCCCGAGCUUGCAGGGCCAGACCCAACAGGAUGCCCCAGUCCACACACCACAACUCGACAGAUGCACACACGACAGCCGCAAACAGCAACCAGCGGCACCAGACGCCGAUGAGUUCUGCCACCGCCUUCGAGAGGUGCUCUGCUUCCAGAAAUGCAGAUCUCAAGGUGAAGUGGAAGAAGUGCUUGCUUGGGGUGCCAAGGGUGGAGUUCCUGAGGUUUGCAGUGAAUGCCGUGGGAAUUCACCCAAUGGCCAACAAGACCCGGGCAAUAGCUGAGCGCAACUACGCCCAAAUCGAUGAGGAGGCAUUGGCAAUCGUGGCAGAUGUAUACAAGUACAACGACUACCUGUAUGCUCAGUGA